GCUACUGAUCUGUGGGAUCGUUGUUAGAGACGCUGUCAACCGGCCUAAACUUAAAGUAACUUCUUGUGCAAAGCUGUUUUAAAUUGUGUAUGAACGACAGGAAAACAAGUAGCAAUGCCACCAUGGAAACCAGUUUGGAGGACUUGAAUAAGGCCAUCUCACUGGCUGUGAAGAAUGGCCAGCCUGUCCUUAACCUCAGCAACCGUGAUUUGGCGAUCCUUCCCGACACCUUGCAGAAGCUCCACCAGGUGAAGCGAUUGCUGCUGAACAACAAUAAGAUUAUCAUGCCACCUUCAGAACUGGUCUCCCUCGAGGGCCUGCAGGAACUGACCUUGGAUCACAACCAGCUGACACUCCUUCCCACAGGCUUUGGCCGUCUCAAGAACCUUACCUACCUAAGUCUCAGUCACAACCCCUUGUGUUCCUUGCCAAAGGACAUAGGUGAUCUCAGGAACUUGAAGCAACUGUGGGUUGUGAACACUCAACUGGUGUCCCUCCCGGUGGAAAUUGGCCUCCUGCAGGCCUUGGUGAAACUUGGCGCCAGAGACAAUAUGAUUUCGGAGCUGCCCACCGAAACCACAAGACUCUGCAGUUUGCAGUGGCUGAACCUUGCUAACAACCUCCUCAGUCAGUUACCAGAUCGCUUUGGACGACUUGCAGAGCUGAUGUACAUAGACUUGAGUGAAAAUAAUUUCAGUGAGGUACCUGAGGGACUGACAGAGGUGCCCAAGUUGGUAUCUUUAGCCAUGGCCAAGAACCAGAUCUGUGCUCUUCCAGAUGAUAGGCUGAUUGGCCUCACACAACUCACAAAGUUAGACCUGAGAGAUAAUCCUUUUAUUGAUAGGCCAGACCAUUGGAAGGGUCUUGAUUUCAUCUUGCUUGGUUCAUCAGUCACUCCACGCGGAGAUGGUCCAGAAGAGAAUGGUUUGGACGAACCACAGGACCAGGAAGGAGAUGAAACUGAUGAAGAGGAGGAAGAUGAGGAGGAAGAAGAAGAGGAGGAUGGUGAUGAGGACUGCGAUGUAUGAGUAGGUUAUGCCUGGAGCUUGAUGAGUGCCUUCAUCUGGUAUCAAAGCUUGGAGAUGGAUACACCCAUAACAAGAGCCUUUUAUAUCCCAGACUUGUCUGAUUAGCAUCUCUUAACGAUACUGUUGAAAUGGUGAGUUGGAGGAGGUAGCGGAUACAUUGGUGGAUCGGGGAUGAUGAUUUACGCGUAAACAGGUAAUAUGACUUGCGUCACAUUGGAUUAGUUUACCGUCUCAUCGUCAAAGGAGAAAUGCUCGAUCUCAAGGAAGAAAUUUGCUUUCUGAGCAGUCGUUGUGAAAUAUAUUGUUAUGUUUCUUGAUGGUGUUCACAGUGGUUGGAACCAGAUGCUGGAUGUUCUCAGCUUCUAUGGGUGCCUACUUCUACCAGUCCAAGGCAAGGGACACACAUUCCCAGAUAGUUUGAGGUCAGUGAGAGUGGGCAUGGCUGGAGCGUCCCUGAUCUGUUGACAUUUUUAAUGGGCAUUUCAAACCAUUUUUAAAGGAACGUUAAAGCAGCUGUGAUCAUUGGAGCAGCCCCGGAGUUGCUUGUGUUGUUUCAUAACAUAAGGGUGCCCUGUUGGCCCCUGCCAUUCCUUUGAUGGCAUGUAUUGACCAAAUAGUUGAGUGUUGGGGUUUUUGCUCUGAAAUAUGUACCUUGUGCGUUCAUUCCUAAACUAUUUACCUGUGUCUAUUUUUCUUCAUGACAGGAAAAUGUCAAAAGUUGAGUAUUGACCGAUUGCUAUGAAAAAAAAUGAAAGGGGGUUUGAAUUACCUCUUCUUUUCAUACAUUGUAUUCAGACAUUAGUGAGCAGGGUUGAAAAUUUGUUGAUUAAAAGUGCUGUAUAAUAAGAUCGUCAAGCAAGUUUAAUUAUGACGGAUUGACUUGAGGCAAGGUUUAGAUCAUCAAGUGAUGAUUAUCCUCGUUAAAUCUAAAUCUUGCCAUUGUCAAGCUCUCGGGAUCGUGGUAUUAGAAGAAGACGGAGCAACGCUCAAUAUCCCCUGAUGCCACACAUCCCCAUCCUGUUUUUCAUAUGAUGGAAAUGCGAGAAAGAAGACAUAAGAUUGAAAAUACUCUUCCCUGUUUCCUUGUUUUCCAGGUGAUGGAAAAGGAAAUGUGAGAAAAUGAGAAUGUGGUAUUAAAGGAAACCAAAAUCCAAGAAGAGAAGUAAUCUUAUUGGAAAGAGUAAAAUGAGAGGAACAAUUU